AUGGCUCUGACCCCGCCCGGCACCUUCAGCCCGCAGGGCUUCCGCGAGUGCUGGGGCGACUACCGCGCCGAGGCGGACCUGGAGGACGCCGCGCGCCCGCUCUACCGCUUCCAGUGCGACCUGCCGCGCCUCCCCGUGCCGUCGCUGGCCGAGACCGUGUCGCUGUACCUGGAGACGCUGAAGCCGCUCGCGACGCCCGCCGAGCUCGCGCACUCCAAGGAGCUGGCAGCAGCCUUCCUGCGCCCCGGCGGCAUGGGCGAGGAGCUGCAGCGCCGCCUGCUGGCGCGCGCCAAGGAGCGCGGUGACUCGAGCUUCCUGGCCGAGUGGUGGAACACGCUCGGCUACCUACAGGUACGCGACCCCGUGGUGUUCAACGUCAGCUACUUCUUCCACUUCGCGGACAGCGUGCACCCGGCGCAGCGCUCCAACGUGGGACGCGCCGCCGCGCUGCUCAGGGGCUCGCUGCUCUUCGCGCGCCAAGUGGCGGACGGCUCCAUCGAGCCCGAGCAGCUCGGCAAGAAGAAGACGCCCAUCUGCUCCACGGCCUACAAGUACAUGUUCAACGCCUGCCGCAUCCCGCGACGCGACCAGGACUCGUACCGGAUCUACGACCCCAAGACGCACACGCACGCGGUGGUGAUGCGCCACAACAAGUUCUUCAAGCUGGAGCUGCUGGAUCCGCGCACGCAGGAGCCGCUGGGCUUCGAGGCGCUGUGCUUCCAGCUCGCUAGGAUCCUGGAUGCUGCUGGAGCCAAGGAGUCUGCGGUCGGAGCACUGACGUCGCAGGAUCGCGACUCGUGGGCCGAUGCGCGUGAGGAGCUGAUCCGGGCAUCCCCGCUGAACGAGGAGUCGCUACGGGCCAUUGAGAGCUCGCUGCUGGUGCUCAACAUGGAUGAUGAAGCCCCAGUGUCCCGCACGGAGGUGGCUCGUGGACUCUGGCACGGCAACGGACGCAACCGCUUCUUCGACAAGUGCGUGCAGAUCGUGGUGUUCGAGAACGGCAAGGCUGGACUGCUCGGCGAGCACUCGAUGCUGGAUGGAAUGCCCAUGGCGCGCUACGCGGACUACCUGCUGUCACGUCUUCACCAUGGACAAGUUGAUCUCGGCCCUCGUGGCCAGACGACGGCGCAGCUCGAGCGCUCGCUGGUUGCUCCGAAGCAACUCACGUUCCGUUUCACGGCCCAGACGCUGCGCAACAUCGCUGAAGCUGAGAAGGUCUUCGACCAGACUGUCAUCGAUCACGAAGUGUUCGUGCAGGCCUUCUACGGCUACGGUGCGCGCGCCAUCAAGGGGUUCCGCUGUAGCCCGGAUGCUUUCGUGCAGCUCGCGAUCCAACUUGCUUACAAGAAGCUGUUCAAGAAGAACGUCGCUACGUACGAGGCCUCGCAGACCCGGGUCUUCCUGCACGGACGUACGGAGACCACGCGCAGUUGCUCGGCUGCUAGCGCCAGGUUUACGGACGCAAUGGAAGAUGCGUCGGGAGCCGUGACUGCCGAAGAGAAGAAGAAGUUGUUGCUUGCUGCAGCAAACGCGCAUGUGGCAUACAUGCGCAAGGCCGGCGCUGGUCGUGGUGUGGAUCGUCACAUUCUGGGCCUGAAGCUGCUUGUGCAACCUGGCGAGCGCGUGCCCUUCUUCGAGGACCCGGUGAUGGCUCGGGCCAGUCGCUGGCUCAUCUCCACGAGUCACCUGACGAACGAGCUCUUCGACGGUUGGGGCUGGGGCGAAGUCGUGCCCGAGGGCCUGGGGAUAGCGUACAGCGUCAAGGAUCAGUCCAUCCAGUUCAACAUUGCUUGCCGCCAGCACGGUAGCUGGGGCGCCCGUAUGGGCCACCUGCUCGAAGAGAGUCUCAUCGAAAUGCAGCAGCUCUUCGCGCAGUCCAAGGACAUCGGAGCCAAAUUGUAG